AUGGAACUGCGUCAGGCUCUCAAUGGGGAGGUCCUGACAAUGAGCACAAGGACACAGCUGCCAAAGAAAUCUACAUCACAGCCUAAAUCGACAGCAACCACACCCUUUCCCUUGAAGCUCCGCCGUGUUUGCCGUGGGAUAUUCUGCGUUCGGAAAAAACACGAUUUACCUGCGGCAAGAUCUGUUAAACAAGUUUUGAAUCACGCAACUUCGCCAAUAUUUCAUGUUAUCAGUAGCAAGAGGGAUAUCAAGUACGUCAGUGUCCGUGGAACUCCGCCAGCACAAGGCUCCCCCGCCCCUCCCAACCCCAGCACAAGGCCCCCCCGCCCCUCCCAACCCCAGCACAAGGCCCCCCCGCCCCUCCCAACCCCAGCACAAGGCUCCCCUGUCCCUUUCCCGGCGACGCAAACUCGGGUGUCACUGAGCAUCCCUCAGGUGAAGGAUGUAAAAGAAUGGCAUCCUUUACGUCCCUCUGUAGUGUCCCACGACCCCUCAGGGAGCGAGGGGUCACGCCGGCACAGCCACUACCUUGACCCGAGCUCUGGCACUAUCAUCCCCUCUGUUCCCCUCGGCGUGGCGGAGUAA